CGCUUACUUCGAAAUUGUGCCGCCAUGUGUAAGUCCUUGAAAUGACAGCUAUCUGGAGUUAGGUUUGAACCCGAAUAACAAUUCUGCCUCAAGGAUGUCUAUAGCUGUGGGAAAUAGCUCUCUUGGUUCUAUGGUGACUCCGGAAGCGCUGGAAAAUGCUGCAAAAGAAGUUGAUAGGCAACUAGCUGCAGAUCGACAAUUUCCUGAGCUUUCGGAGCAGAUCAGUGCUUCCCAGCAAAUUCAGACAACUUUCAGUGGAAUCAAUGACUUUGAUUAUCCAUCAUUAUCAUCACCAUCUGUUGGCUUGGCUGGUUUGGAGCUGGUCAGUCUUCUUAAAAGAGUUCCCCUCCCAUCAGAGCUGAUGGAACAGUUUAAUUACAUGCAAUGUAAUUGUAUGAUGGGUCUCUUUCCUGAGAUUAGAAGAGCAUGGCUCACCAUUGACAGUAAUAUUUAUGUUUGGAAUUAUGAGGAUGGGAGUGACUCUGCUUAUUUUGAUGGGUUGGAUGAAACUAUUUUGUGUGCAGGAUUAGUGAAAGCUAAGCCAGAGAUUUUUAAAGAUGAAGUGAAAUACAUCUUAUGUCUUACAACUCCAAUUGAUAUUGUUCUACUGGCUGUGACAUUUACGUCAAAGAAGUUAGGAAGUUUAAGCCAUGAUGAGUUUUCUGAGAUGCAUCUUCAUCCCAAUCCAGUGUUUUCUAUUCCUUCUGAUAAUAUUUAUAUGAUCUGCAUCACUGGAACUCAGUCAGGAAGAAUCUUUCUGGGUGGAAAAGAUGGCUGUGUUUAUGAGAUAGCUUAUCAGGCUGCUGAUAGUUGGUUGCCAUGGAGAAAUUGCAGGAAAAUAAAUCAUUCCUCAAGAACUUUAUCCUUCCUUGUUCCAUCUUUUUUAAGUUCUACUUUCAGUGGUGAAGAUGCCGUCGCACAAUUAGCAGUUGACAAUACAAGAAACAUUCUCUAUGCACGAUCAGAAAAAGGAGCUAUUCAGGUGUUCGAUCUUGGUGCUGAUGGUAAAAGUAUGAGCUAUGUUGCAUCAUUAACUCAGGACAAAAUCACACACAAAGCAGAGUCUGCUGCAAGAACUAUUGAUCGCAAUCAAUUUAAACCCAUUGUGCACAUUGCACCUAUUGCGAGGCACGAAUCAAAAAGUGUUCAUUUGGUUGCAAUCACUCAAGCAGUUAGUGUCGAGCCCUGNAUUGUCAGAGACCAGUGGAUGGAGCCACCUGCUGUUGUCAAGCAGCAUGGAUCUCCUCAGAGAUCAUAUGUUGCUUUAAGUUCUCAGGGAAGUUAUCUUUUUACAACAUAUCGUCCAGUGGAACAGCUGCGACAGUUAUUGAUACAGAGUCAGGGUUUUGACUCUGACUCUGUACAUGCGUUUUUCAAGCUUUAUAAGGAAGACCAGGCUUGUGCCACAUGUCUUGUGUUAGCUUGCUCGACACAGACCUCCCAACAACAAAUUGCUGAAUGGGCCACAAGAGCUUUCUUCAAAUAUGGAGAGUCAGUGUCACACCACCCCACCCCAGCUGGUACAUCUGGACAUCCCGCAGAGCCUAGUAGCACCCUGGGUGGUAGCUACAUAGCUUCCCCAGGAGUCAGACAAGGAUUCAGCAGUCCAGGGGUUGUGACAUCAACACCUCACCCUAAUGGUGUGGGGCAGGCAGUGGUCAGACCUGAGGUGAUAAGAUCCAGCAAACAUGAUGGACUGUGCAUGUACUUUGCACGAAUCCUUGAAACUAUUUGGGAUUCAAGAUUAAUGUUUGAAGAUUUCUUGGUUCCUCCUCCUUCAGAGCCACAACAGCCAGUCCCAGUUUUACGGAGUGUGCUUAAUGUUGUCCAACUUGGAUGGAUUUUGGAAAAAGUACGGCAGCUUCAAACAUGGAUGGAACAGAAUAUCAGGUUCUUGCUUCCAAACAUGGAAGGGGGUUUUCCUAGAGUAACAAUGGGUGGUAUGCAGCCAUUUCUUCAACAAACUCAUCAGGGUUCAGCUGAAACAAUUAAUGCAGAGAAAAACUUUAUGAUGAAUUUUAAGUCACUUGUGGACCGGUCGGUGGAGAUUCUCAGUCUGUGGCAAGUUCUUAAUGAACACAACAUGGAAGAUGUCACACUUCGCCUUGAUACUGCAAUAAGGGAUCGUUUAAAGCAUGUCAAGUUUAGAGACCUGGCAACCAAGGAGCAGGAGAUCUGCAGUGCCCUCAUUGCAUCUUUGAUCAACUGUUUCCUGGAUGACAGUGCCUCUACAGAUAUUAUCAGUGAAAAGUUGAGGGAAGUCUGUCCAAAUUUAUUCAGCAAUGAUGAUGCAGUGACUACAAAGGCUGGUGAACUUUUAAUGCUGGCUAAAAGAAGUAGAGACAAAGCCGAACAAGAAAGUAUUCUAAAAGAUGCUCUCCAAUGUUAUCGACAAGUGACCCAUCAAAUAAACCUGGAAUUGAUUUGUUCUUUAUUUGAAUCAGUGAGAUUCUAUGAUGGAGUCGUGGAGUUAUCUUUGUAUGCUGCACUCAAACGAGAUCCUCAAGGACUGGCUUUACACUUCUACAGGAAUGGAGAGCCACACGGUGAUGUGCAAGGAAAGGAAGCGUUUAUUGCCAGGCAACAAUGCUACAAGUGCGUUCUGGACUGUCUCCAGCGUCUUCUUAUCGCGAAAACAGCUCCUUCUCAAUCUCCCGGUCGACCCACACGGCCAGGGCCUCCUCCCGCCCCAGACCCCAAUGCUCUGACACCGCAUGAUGCUGAAAAGCUUAUGGAGGAUGUUUUAUCGUUUUCACUGUCUUACGGGGAUGAAUUAUGGCAUGUAGAUUUGUAUCAAUGGUUGAUUAACAAUGGACUGACUGACAGGCUGCUGGAGAUCAAAUCUCCGCACCUGGAGGUUUUUCUGAAGAGAUCAUCGUCACAGGAUCAGCCAAAUGAAUUAAAGAUGUUAGACUUGUUGUGGAAACAUUAUGAAAAGACAAAAAAUUACUCUGCUGCUGCAAGAGUCCUCUCUAAACUCUCUGAAAAACAAAGUCCUGAUGUAACUCUAGAAUUAAGAUUGGAAUAUCUGGCUCGUGCCAUUAUGAGCGCGAAGAGCUGUAAUCUGAGGACCUCUGGGAGUACUGACGGGGAAUUCUUACACGAGUUAGAAGAGAAGCUGGAAGUUGCGCGUAUCCAGAUGCAAGUUUAUCAAGCUCUUGUGAGGAUCAACUCUGCUAAUCCAUCUAGGCGCAUAGAUCAAGCUUUGAUUGGAUUGAAUUCUCAGCUCUUGGAUGUCACCACACUGUACGGAGAUUUUGCUGAUGAGUUUGAUCUGUCCGAGUGUAAACUCGCCAUAGUUCAUUGUGCCGGACAUUACGACCCAACCCUGAUUGAGACACUAUGGAGGGACAUCAUAGAAGCUGAGCUCCGUGAUUCACAUCAGAAUCCUCCCAGUGAUCGUAUGGCAAUCGUCAGAAAAAAGAUAUCUUUCCUAGGAAAGGUUUAUGUCCACUCUGAGCGGUACUUUCCAUUGGGGGCCAUAAUUCUUAUGCUGGAAAAGAAGAGCGCCGAGUUGGUCUGGGACCCAACCUGGGUGUUUAUGACCAUGUUAGAGAUUGGUAUUCCAUUCCCCGUGUUACAUGCCAUCUAUGACAAACUGUUCAAAGCCAAGGAUCAGUGUUGGCGAACACUAGACAAGCCUAUUCACAUCCUUGAAGUUAUAUAUCACUUGUUAAUGAAAUUUGUAAACACACCAUCUAUUUCCCCACCAUAUGAGAGACCAGGAAUAACAAUCGCACUGUACGACGCAUGUGCCACGUAUCUGGUGGAACUGCAGUCCUGUCUUUCACGUGACCCUAGUGUGCAAAACACGCUGGCCAAAUUCCAAGGAUUGAGGGCGUGUCUAAAGCGUCUUUUGCCCUAAAUGACUAUCUUCGGUCGGAAAUCGUGCGUUUUAUUUGCGCUUUUUAAGAUCUCAUGGCCGAGUUCUUUUGAAAACGCCGUGAAAGAGGGUGUUCAAGCCUUGAAAAAAGUGUUUCUUCGUAGUGCGUAGACUAACAAGCUAUUUUUAAAACAUCCGUACAGUUGUAAAUAAAAGUUUAGGUGAAGUUUUCACAAUGAACUAUUUUUAUUUGCAAUUUUGUCAUUUGUGGGCGGGGGCUGGCGGGGAGAUAAAGGAAGGAUGCGAAUUCUUACCACCUUGGACAGAGGUAAAAAUACCUUCUAACGGUAAUAAUACACUGCACCAAACAGGCUCUGUUUGUGGUAUUUUUCUAGAACUUGGGGAGGGGUAUUGUGUACGUCGUGCAUUUUCCUAGUUAAUCAUCAGUAGAUCUACAAAUUUCGUCACCGCUUUUUUUGACAGUGUAAAAAUAACAUUGGUAAAACGUCGGCCAGUGUUGUUGUUUCUCUUACGAACAUAUGCAGAGUCAGUAACCUAAAUUAGGUAUUGAAGUAUGAUGAUAGAAAUAAAUCAAUGUUUACCUAC